CCUGGGCCUUCCUCUGGAGCUGGACAGGACCGCGGAGGCCUUGGAGCCUGCGCCCUCCUUUACAGACGAGGAAACUGAGGUCCGGGGAGGUUUGAGUGACGGACAAAGAGCCAGGAUUCGAAUUCAGGCUUCUCAGCCUCCACCGCUCUUUUUACUGGCCCAGGUGGCCGUCCCCCAGGAUGUCUCUUUGAAGGUCACUUACACAUUGCCGGGGUUUUUUUGCGGGGGUGGGGAGUCGGGGUGGCGGCGGCAGGGGAACUACCGUUAGGAGCGCCAGCUUUGGCUCUGGGAAUCCAGCCGUGUCCAGUACAGACCUGAGCACACUCCCAACCACACAGCCGAACAAAGGACUGGGCUGGCGCUGGCUUUCCCCCGCCUCCUCCGAGAACGCCCGAGCUCCUAGAGAGGUGACACCUUGGGGACUUUGCCUUCUCGUUCCCCUCCCCCCUCGAGAGCCGCUUCCUCUUCCACGCUGUUUCCCCCUUUAAGAGAGGGCUCCGCGGGACUAACGUUCGAAUCUGCCCUGUCUCCCGUCCUCGGCCUCUGAUUGGCUCAGAGAAGCGCACGAGGGAGCGCGAGCUCUCCCCGAACCGGUCGGAACGGUCGCUAGUCCCGUCUGAUUGGCUGGCGCAAGAGGGCUAUAUAAAGCCGCCGGGUCGCCCGUCUCCUCUCAGUUAGCGGCGGGACUGGUUGCUAAGCUGCUGUAUUGUCUGUCGCGGUCGUGAGGAAGGGGUUCAGAGCUCGCGUCGCCGUUGUCCUGGUUGUUUGUUCAGUCAGUUUGGGCUGAGGGAGGAGCUGACGCGUCUCCGCCUCCGGCCCCACACCCUUACCGUUGACGGGACGAGAGAGUAGCCCCCCGUGAGUCAGACGCCUUAGAGCUGCGGAGGCGCCUGAGCGAGGGAGGAUGGAGUUCAAGCUGGAGGCUCACCGGAUCGUCAGCAUCUCCUUGGGCAAGAUCUACAACUCGAGGGUUCAACGCGGCGGCAUUAAACUCCACAAGAACCUGCUGGUGUCCUUGGUGCUACGUAGCGCCCGCCAGGUCUACCUGAGCGACCCCUGCCUGGGCGGCCCUGGGGCGGGGGGACCCCCACAGCCUCCGCCGGCGCAGCAGCAGCAGCACCAGCUUCCCGGGGAGCCGGCCCCGGGCUGGGGAGAUCCGCUCCCGAGGGACAGCAGCAUGGAGCAGGACCCGGAGCCCGCCGGCGCCGCCCCGGAGCCGACCGCCCUGCCCCUGGGGCUCGGGAAGCUCCCGCUCGAGGGGUCGCCGCUUGUGACAGCCGAGGCGGUGCCCGAAGCCCCGAGGCGCCGCGUGGAGGCGGCGGAGAGGGGCGGCGGCGGGGGGGAAGGCGCCCCGGUGGAGGGGCCGCCGCGGGCGCGGCACUUCUGUUGUCGCCGCCUCGGCUGCUCUCCUCACGGCGCCCCGCGGGCCGACUGCGGCUGCCGCCCGCGCCCGGACGACGGGUUGCCGCCGCCGCCCGUCUGCCCCCGGAAAAGGAGCGCCUCGGGGGCAGGGGGCGGCCCCGCGGGGUGCCUGGCUUCGGGCGGCUCCCCAGUGAAGAAGCCCCGCAGGGACUCGGAGGAGCAGCCGGGCGACCAGGAGGAGAUGGAGACCGGUAACGUGGCCAACCUCAUCACGAUCUUCGGUUCCAGCUUCUCCGGACUCUUGCGCAAAAGCCCCGGGGGCGGCCGGGAGGACGAGGACGGCGAAGAGGAGGAGGAGCCGCAGCGCGGUCCGGAAGCGGCGGAGCCCGGGCCCAUGUACUGCGAUAAGCCGGUGUUAAGAAACCUCAACCCCUGGAGCACUGCCAUUGUGGCCUUCUGAUCGCCCGGGGCCCGGGCGGGGGAGGGGGCGCGGAGGAGGAGACUGACGCGGCGCUGCCCUGCCCCCGCCCCGAGCCGACCCCGCCCCCGGCCCGACGCGACCCCCUCUGGAGCCGGCUGGGCAGCGGGACCUGCCCGGGGGCGAGCCUUGAGCGGGACUCUGGCCCCCCCCACCCCCGCCGGGCCCCUCCGGCUCGCGGGGGGCUUGUGUUAUAAAGCUGUUUUUUGUAAGUUUAUUGUUGAAGUAAGGCUUUUUUUGUCACAGGGUUUCUUGUCUGGGGCUCGAGACACUGGGGAGGGCGGGGGAGGGCGUGGAGCCGGGACUUUCCUCCGCCGGCGUCGAGAAGGAAGCAGCCUGGCCGGGGGGCCGGGGGAGCCCCCUCCUUCCCGGGGGAGGAAGGGACUUUCUACACACUCCUCCUAUCCAGCCCAGCACCUUUCUCUUCGACUUCCCCGCGAGGAGAGGAGAGGGCCUCGGGCUGGAGCCCGCUCCGCUGCGGUCUCUUCUUGCCCUGGAGCUGAUUCUUGGGGGUGGGAGGGAAAAUUUCUUAUUGACAAACUCAAGGGUCCCAGCCUUCUCCCUCAACACCCUCCCACCCCGCAUAAGAGAGCUUAUAAGCUUCUUAGAAGAGAUCAAGCUUAGAAAUACCGAGUUAUAAGGAAAUAUGUGUGUGUAUAUAUAUAUAUAUAAUAUAUAUAUGUAUAUAUAUAUAUAUAUUUAAAAGCUCUAGGUCAGAAUUAUUACACAGUGCUUUUAAAAAGUGUUUAAUGAAAAAGUUUACAGAUGCCCUAAUGGAAAGGCCUUAUGGCUUAGUAGAUUUGAUUACUCCCGUCUUUGUUGUAUAAAGGCUGGGGUACUUGUAGAAUUUUUGUACAGUAUUUUCUUUGUGUAUUGACUUUUUUUGUAUAAAGUGUAACUUUACGUGUCUAACACGUAUUAAAUAUUUUGAAGCAAC